CCGCCGCCGCCGCGCAUGCCCCAGCCCCGCGGGGGCGGAUAUAAACGCGGCAGCCACGCCGCCUCGCUGAGCAGUAUCUCUGCUGCUCGCUGUGUUCCGCAGGUUCGCGCUCUGGGGCUGGGGAAGCGGAGCCUCCGCCUCCCUGCUGAGCAUGGGAUGGAAGAGCCCUGCGAGCGCAGCUCCUGCCCGACGGCCGCCGGCAUGAAAGAAGGAGCGGGUCGGGAGCCCUGGGACGUGCCACUGGGUUUGCUGGAGGGUGGCCAGAUGGGCAACAGAAGCAAUGUGUCCUUCCUGCAGUUCUUCAAGAACCUUAACUUGGAGCGAGCCGAUGGGAUGCAGGGAGACAGCUCCGAUGUGGUGCGGAUUAUCAUCUCCCUGGUGUACUCUGUGGUGUGUGCCCUGGGACUGGUGGGAAACCUGCUAGUGCUCUACCUGAUGAAAAGCAAGCAAGGCUGGAGGAAGUCCUCUAUCAACCUCUUUGUGACCAGCCUGGCAGUGACUGACUUUCAGUUCGUGCUGACCUUACCCUUCUGGGCUGUGGAGAAUGCACUGGAUUUCAACUGGCUCUUCGGCAAGGCAAUGUGUAAGAUUGUCUCCUAUGUGACAGCCAUGAACAUGUAUGCCAGUGUCUUCUUCCUCACUGCCAUGAGUGUGGCUCGAUAUCGCUCUGUGGCUUUGGCCUUGAAGAACCAGGGGCGAGGUGACCCUCUGAGUGGCUGCUGCUCUGCCAAGUGGCUCUGUGCACUCAUCUGGCUGCUGGCAAUCCUGGCUUCUCUGCCCCAAGCCAUUUUUUCCACCACUGCCACCGUCUUUGAUGAUGUCCUCUGCCUUGUCAAGUUCCCCGAGGGUCGAGGCAGCAAUGCACAGUUCUGGCUGGGCCUGUACCAAACCCAGAAGGUGCUGCUGGGCUUUGUGCUGCCGCUGGUUGUCAUCAGCCUCUGCUACUUGCUCCUGGUGCGCUUCAUCAGCGACAAGCAUGUUGGCAGCACCUGCAGUGGUCCCAGCACCAAGCGCCGCUCCAAAGUGACUAAGUCAGUGUCCAUUGUGGUGCUGUCAUUCUUCUUGUGCUGGCUGCCCAACCAAGCACUCACAACGUGGGGCAUCCUCAUCAAACUCAAUGUGGUACACUUCAGUGCUGAGUACUUCCUCUCCCAGGUGUACUUUUUCCCCAUCAGCGUGUGCCUGGCACACUCCAACAGCUGCCUCAACCCGAUCCUCUACUGCCUGAUGCGCAGGGAGUUCCGCAAGGCGCUGAAGAACCUCCUCUGGAGAAUCACCUCACCUUCUCUCACCACCAUGCGUCCUUUCACUGACACCACCAAGCCAGAGCAGGAAGAGCAAGCCCUGCACGCCCUGAUGCCUGCCCACCCUGUUGCACCUUCGUCUGCAGCUGUGGCUGUCCAGCCAGAGCUGGCUUACUACCCACCUGGGGUGGUGGUGUACAGCAGCCGAUGUGACAUGCUGCCCGCUACCUCCGUGGAGCAUCACUGCUGAAAUGGCUCUGGGGAUGGGACUGGGAGGGGGUUCUGUGCAGGAUGUGGCCCUGGGACACUGAAUGUCUGCUAGGAACAAGGGGAGGUGAAAUGGGUGGAGGAGGGUGGGAGAAACUCUUCUGGAGUUGUCUGCUCUUGAAAGCUUCAUGGUGAAAAUUAUCUUGAAAGUGUGCCCCAGACUGGAGAGCAGGAGGAGAAAGGUUGUGGUGUGCUAGGGAUCACAGUGUCUUUAAGGGAUGCUUUUCAGUACUUGCACCUGUCCUGGCUCCUGCUGGAGCUCCAGCUGUGGGCUCAGCCAGGGAGGGUGGGGCUGGUUGGAGUGAAUGAAGCAAGGUUGUUCCCACAGCCACUUGGCAUGAGCAUCAAGGGGCCAGGACAAGCAGGUACAGGGCUCCUGCUUGUUCAGGCUCAGCUCUUUUCUCCCCUCCCAGGGACCAAAAAGGGGGAACAAGGAGCACUGUGCUCCCCUCUGGAUCCUUGCAGGAUCUGCUUUUCCAGCUUCUUCAUGCCCUCUGCUGCUACCAGAGUGGGCUACAUCUCCUGGAUAGCCAAGGAGAAAGCCCAGGACAGGACUUGCAGCUUCACAAAGAGAGGCUGCUUUGGCUGGGUUUGGAGGGAAGGGAGUUACACCCUACUGCCUCCGAACAUUGAGUUCCCCAGCCCUGCUGCAGUGGGAAACCCACAGCCCCAGGCUCUGAGGCAAGUGUCUCCAGGCACACAGAGGCUGCAUGUUCUGUUCUUGUGCCUCAGACUGUUGGGCAAUUCACUCCAGGAGAUCAGCACAAUUGUAAACAAAGGAGUAAAAGGGGGAAAAAAAAUGGAUUAUAGCCACUUCAAACUCUUUGCUCCAGGAUGCUUCUUGUCUCAGCUAAAACUAAUCACAAAGUUUAGUGUUUGUAAAGGGUCUGCACUAAUACUUGCCAGUGUUUCAGUUAACUCAGUCUCAAAUCCUAAGGUGUGAGAAGCCCAAGAAGCUGCAGCUCAGCACUCCAGAGAAGGGCAGAGACUUCCUGUCCCAUCCAGUGUUCCAAAGAAACAGCUGGGGAAUAAUUUGGGGUUGAUUUGAAAUGAACAUAUAAAGGCAUGAAAAAAGUACAAUUUCAAGCUGUGAAACUUCUUAUGUUAGCAGAGACUUCUACUGCAGCCUUGGUUGCCUCAAAGAAGAUGCUGAGAUUUGGAAGGAACCUGGAGAACAGCAGAAGUGAGCUGGCAGCUGGUGGAUGUAUUUACAAAGAUUCAAAGACUCUGGAGGGGCGGGGGGAACAACAGAUAUCUGCAGAAGAUCUGGAGCAUUUAAGUACUGUACAAGUAUCCCUCUAAGUUCCGAAAUGCUGACUUGGCUGCCAGUUGGAGUCAGUAGGUACUUAAAGUUUUCAAGUAAAAUUUUUUGUGCCUAAAGUCUGCUCCUGAGCAUGCCUAAAUCUACUUAAGUUUGUAGCAUUGUUUAUGUUUCAUGGGGAUCCCGCACUCAGGACUGGCUGCUGUGUGCACCAUAAGCCAUGGAGGCAGCUCUGCACCCUGACACAGAACACCCUGUACCAGGCCACAUGAAGUUAAGAGGGGAUGUAAGCUUAACUGAUUCUCCCUGUCCCUUUGUCUAGACAUGCUUCUCCUGCCCUGUCUUUGAUGCAUGUGCAGAUUAUGUUCUUUCCUCUUGCCUUUUUAAACGCUGCAUCAGUAGGCAGAGCUCUUGCCUACAUUGUAGGAGAUGCUCCUUUCCACCUUCCAUGUUGCUGGCAGUGAGUGAAACUCUGGGCUUCUCUCUGCAUGUGCCUGAAUCCUCUGGCUUGAAACAGUUUCCUGUUGCAUGAGAUGCUCUCUGUUACGGGGUCAGAAAGGGAAUGCAAAACAUUAAAUGCUACUUGGCAGCAUAAUGGCGAGGGCAUGAGCCCUGGAGAGGAAGUUUUUUUUUCCUUGUACAAACAAAUAUAGAAGAGAAAUUGGAUCCAGGCCUGAAUUCUUGGUUUCACCUACUCAAGGACAAUGAUUCACUACCUGACUGUAUGAUUACAUGCUUGUCCUUGCUUCCAGGUCCUGGUUCAAAUAAUGUUUCAGUGUUGUACAUGAUGAGGUGGCUUCCACAGCAUGAGAGCUUUCUGGCCCUAAAAAUCCAGCAGCCUAAUGUGUCAGAAGAUUUGCAGGAAAUGCAGUUGGGUUUUGUACGUUCUAGGCAGAAAGCUUUAAUGCUUGUGCUAGCAGAUAAAGGAAGUUACACUGUUGUAUGAGGAAAAGGAUGUCAUGAACAUCUUAAUCCAGAGUUCAGGCAGACCUAAGCAUACUGCUGUUACACAGGAGAAUGUACCUGAAUUAAGAGGAGAAAUGGACCCUGAAGCGACGUUCUUUUCUUGGUGUUUGCUAUUGAACAGCAUAGCUUCCUGUGUGGCUUGCUGCAUCUGUAAUUCCUAUUCUCAGAUGCUUUAAUGCUCUUGUGUGCUGCAGAAAAAGCUAUCAAAGUACCUAAAGCAUAGCUUUGAAUUUCAAUAGGUGGUGAAUUGCCUAAAAGACAUCUCUGUGGUGGUCAGCAUGAUGAAACCCAUGUGUUUUUGUGGAUGUCAGUGUACACACAGUUUUAUGGCAGCAAAACAGCACAUAGUUCAGGACAACCCACGGUUAGUACAGAAUCCUAGCAGGAUACUGUGAUCAGAGAAAGCCUCAGAUAUCUGACCACUGGAUGCAUAAAAAUCUUUUUUUAUGGCAAAUCACUCAAAUAAGAAAAUGUUCUGGGUGUCUAAGGAGGGACCUGACUAUUGACUUAAAUGUCAACUGUCUCUUAAGCCAUUGGGUCUAAGUCACAGACAUGGUAUUUGAAAGAGGCACAACCUGCCCACAGCUGGUCAAAUGUUGGUUUAUACCUGAUCUGCAGUUCUAGCUAUGUAGUUGGCCAGUAUGCACAAGCAGAGGGAAAUCUUGUUCCACGUGUUCUGUGAAUCGUAACUAUCUGUGCAUGAAAUCUGGGCUCUGUUGUACAUGUAGUGGCAUCAACCUGCGCAUUACAAGUGCUUGAUGUGCACAUGGCUCCAGGCAUAUGGCCACAGUAGAAGGUCUUUGUAGCUCCAGCUUUGAGACUGUAUGGUAUCGUGGGUUGUCCUAAGUAAGCAGUAAGUACAACACUCUUCAAUAACACUCCUGUUUCCUCCAAGUGUUUGUGUUUUCAUUUGUAACAAUCACAUUUUCAUGGACUGAAAUAAACACAGCUGAAAUAAAGAAAA